GUCGCCGCAUCUAGCGCUCCCGUCAGCAGCUCCAUUUCCUCCGCAGUCCAUCCAGCUGAUCGAGCCGCACCAGCGCGGCGGACGCGCGCGGCAUCGGUAACGUCUGGGCGCCCGCGUUUUCCGCAAGCCCCUCGGCCAUUUUUCCGCAGCAGUGCGCUCUCAACGCAUUGCGCCGUGCGCCAGGUUUUUAAAAUUAUUUAA